GGCGUUAAAAAAAAGAAGUUAUACUGGUCAUUUUUUAUUUAUUGUACAGAUUAAUCAAAAUAUGUUAGUGACUAAUUGAUUAAUCAUUACAGUUUUCAUUGAUUAAUUAUUGAUUAAUUGAAUCAAAAAGAAAACUGAAGAAUAUAUGGAACUCAAAAAUAAUUGUCAACCAACAAUAAGGUCAGAAUUUUCAAUAUCAAUAUGAAGACUGUACUAUUGUAUGGGGUAGAAACUUGGACAACAACAAAAGUCAUUAUCCAGAAGAUAUACAUGUUUAUCAACAGUUGUCUACGUAAAAUACUUCGGUUUCGUUGGUCAGACAAUAUCAAGCAACAAUCUACUGUGGGACACAACGAACCAGAUUCCAGUGGAGGGGAAAAUCAGCAAGCAUUGUUGGAAGUGGAUAAGACACACAUUGAGAAAAGUACCCAACUGGGUCACAAGGCAAGCCCUCACAUGAAAUUCUCAAGGUCAACGGAGGAGAGGAAGACCAAAGGACAUAUUAUGCCGAGAAACGGAGACAGACAUGAGAAGAAUGAACAAGAAUUGGAUAGAACUAGAAAGGAAAGUCCAGAAUAGAGUGUGUUGAAGAAUGAUGAUCUAGAUUUGUUGGGGAUGAUAGAUCCCCAAAACUCAUAUUUUUUAAUUUUAUCUUAUCGAUUAAAUGUUUGAAUGGCAGUCAACUGAUGAACCUAUCGAUUAAAUGUGCAAAUAAGUUAAUUGAUGAACUAUCGAUUAAAUGUUAAAUAGCGGUGAAUUGAUGAACUCAUUGAUUAUUGUUUAAAAAUUUUCCAUGACAAUAUCGAUUGUAAAUAUUUGUAUAAAUACACUUGAUUUGUGUGCUUGACCUGACUUGAUAUCUGCUGUUUGCCUGUAGAAUACACUUUCUACGCCUUACCCAGACUUCUUGAUCGAGUUAACUGAGUCGGGGACAACGAACCAGAAAAGCUAUCGAGUCUCUGAAUCAUUGAUCCUUCGUUCCAUUCGAGUAAGACGAAUCAGUAGUAGCAUUCAAGCAUAACAAACCUAACAAGAUUGUUUUAUUUCGUUCAAUAAUUUUUCUAUUAUCAUACUUAUAAGAAUAAAAACUCUAAACAGAUAUGCUAAUAUCUUGAUAAAUGAACGGAAAUUAGAAGUAGGUAUCAUUACCAAGGUUUGAUUUGAUAAUUUCAAAAAAAUUGAGCAUUGGGUAGAUUGUUAUAAAUAAAUAAUAUAUUUAUAGAAGUAUUCGUUUUCUAUAGGUUGACGAGUGGUAACUAAGUGAACGACACAAAAGAUAUUGCCUAUAAUCGCGAACCUUAUGAAAACAUAUAGUUUAUGAGAUAUCAAUUCACUUAGACUAAUUGUCAUGUUACAGUCUGGUCGAUAAGAUGAAAAUACUAUCAGGGCUUAGGCAAACAUGAUACUGAUUACUACUUAGUAAUCAGUUAUGAUAAAAAUAUCAUAGAAGCUAAGUUUAUAUUUUAUGGAUUCUGUUUCUAGUUGACGAUUAGAACUUCCAUCAUAUUGAUUUAGUAUUCUUAACUGUUAAAGUUUCACUGAGUUGUUACUCAGCUACUUAACUUAAAUCAAUAUAAACUGAUUACCAAUGUGACUAAAUUAUCGAACUAAGUUUCUGUAUUGUAAUCUUGAAAGAUAUUUUUUAUUAGUUCUUAGCCUUAGUUACAAUUUACGGCUAUUUUAUAGACUAUUCAGUACCUGGUUAAUUCUAUAUUCGAUAGCUACUGAUUACUGACAGGAAAUUUAUAUUAUCCAGUAGAACUUAUUAAACAAUGUUAGUACACCGAUCAACAGUGGUGGUGUGUACUACUGAUGUCGAAAGAUAUAAGUAGUAUGUAUCACCACAGAAAGCGGAAUGUUUGGCUACAGAAGGUUGAGAAAAUCGAAAAGAAGAGAAUGAGAACAAAGAGUGAUUGGUAUGAAAACGAAGGAACAACAAAGUGUGAGACAAUGGAUAGAUAUUUUGCUAAUGAAGUAUUUACUGUAUGGUUCUCAGAUUUUACUAAAAGAUUUUGUAAUUUAAUAAUCAAAUACAUUAGGUUGUUCCCACUGAUGUUCUUGUUCACUUCGGCGGUAAUAAUUAUGAUUAUCAAUUCUUCAUCAGAGAUUACGAUUCUAAUUAUUCAAAAAAUAUUUUCAAAUGUUUUUAACAGUCAAUAUCUUUCAUCAAUAUCCUACCCCCAAGAUUUUCUAUCAACUUAGUUGCUACGACUACAUUUUCUAUUUAUCCCAUCCAUGAUAUUUGUAUUCGACUAAAUUUAUCUUACAUUUUCCCUAAAGGAUAGAUUUAAAAAGAAAUUUGUCAUGAACUACAGAGUUUCUGUUUAAGUUAUCCAGUAUUUGAAGUCGAAAUAACCUGUAACCUCUAUUAUAACAGCGCAUGAAAGCAUACAUUUGGCGUUCAUAAUGAUUUAAUCAAAACAAAUCCAAAACAGAUAGGUUAGUUGCAAUAUUUACGCAUUUUGAAAAUAGAUAUUUCCCAUUUUCCAACAACGAGAAGGGUACUACGUUUAAAUUAUUUUGUGAUGGUGAAGAAGCUUUGUAGGUCAAGUGAAUGAUUUAGAUGGAGUUUUGUUCUCUGAGCUGGAUGGUUUGGUCGUGGAGCGUUCAUCGUUAUUCUGAACGACAUCAUCAGCAAAAACUUCAGAUAAGACUCCAAAACUACAGAACCCACAUAUACCAACAUGUCAUGGAUGACCACCAUAGAAAACUAGAGAGGAUACACAUAUCAGAAAAUUUGGCAAUCCUGACAACAGCGAUCGAGAUAUCAGGCAUACGGCACAAAGAAAGAAGAAACACCAUCAAGAAAAAAACUAAUCAAGAUUUCAAAAUUACACACGGAACAAGACACAAACUGCCUGGUCAAAGUGUCAAAGCAACCUCUGACAAACAUAGAACACCUGCUCCGGAAAGGAUUAAACUACAAUACAAGUGACGCCUCAAUACUGGAAUUCUUUGCCGCACUAGCCUUCACUCGAAACUGAUGGAAUAAAUGAAGAAACUCAACAGGGAAUAAGACAAACCACAGUACUGCAAACGCAACACAAGAACAAAAAUUCUAUAAGAAAUUCAGAAUUAGAGAAGACAUUUUCAUAGUUCCAGAGGACAAAGCAUGCACCACAGUGAUUAUGGACAAGGAAGAAUACACCAGGAAAGUUGAGGAAUAAUCCAAGAACUCACAAAAUCAAUUGCGCACAAACUUUAUUCAAGAAGGAACAAUACCUGAAGCCGUAUCGGUAGUUAGUGCUAGCCAGAAAGAGGUUGUGGUCUGCGCACAGUUGAAGUAGACAGUCCCCGUUAUCUGACCUGAGACCAACAAAUCCCUAUCUGCCACCUACACAACUUUCUUUCUUGCUCAGACGCCUGACCUGAACAUUCAAGUGUCUGGCCAGUAUUACAAUAUCUGUCGAAUGCACUUUCUGUGGAAAUACUUUCAACUGGUCAUAAAACACCCUUUAUUACAUCUGGGCUGCAAUUUUUUGGAGCAUGUGCGGAGAUGACGAGAAGAUAUUGUGUCUGACACCGGUUUCUUCUCAUUUUGAUGAACUUUCUAAUCUAACAGCACAUAAACGACUGUUAAUAACAUUGCAAUCGGUCAGUGCUGUCUCAGCUCAAGUGUUUAGUGCGACACGAACGUUAGCAAAACCAUACUAAUAUGCUACAGGGUUCACGGAUAGACGUACUUGAAAUAAGCCUUCCGAAGCGACAAAUGAAAAGCUAAUUUGUAGUUCUUCACUGGAGUCUUGAGUACGGAUCUUUUCCUAAUUUCCUCUUCAAUUGGAUGCUGGUUUGUCCUCUCACAGUAGGAUGUUGCUGAUGAUAUCCGUCCAAUGAUUAUCUUACGUAGACAACUAUUUAUAAAUACUUAUACCUUCUUGAUGAUGGUUGAGGUAGUUCUUCAAAUGUCUGCUCCAUACAGUAAAACUAACUAUCUUGACGUUCGUAUUGAAGAUCCUCACUUUGAUGUUGUUUGGCACUUGGUUUGAGUUCCAUAUGUUGUUCAAUUGUAGGAAUGCGGCCCUUACUUUGCUAAUCCUUGUCUUUAUAUCGAGCUGACAAUGUUUAGUCGUAGUUAGCUAAGCAUAUCAAAAUUUGAAAUUUGGUCAUUGUUAUGACCUUGGAUGUCUUGCUUUGCUACCACGCGACCUAUCGACCAAUCCGGAUACGACUUAUACGGAUCUUUACACUAGGCCAACCAAUGACGUUCAACCGGUGCGGACAGUCUAGCGUCCUUACUGGUCCUAUGUCCUCCGAGCCCUUCCACUUGAGUCCAGAACAAGAUACCAGCUUCCGAAUCAGAGCAGAUCGUUUAUUUCAAACAUACUCGGUUUAUAUAUCAACCAGACAGACCGCAACGUACCAUAAAAUAGGAAAUAAUAUUUGUACACAAAUAAGCCCAAAAAGUGGCUGUGCACGAGGGGGACAGUGAAUAAUAGACUGAGCAUAGAUUAAGAACCGUAAAUCGUAUAAUAAUAAAUUAUAGGUCAAAAUAAAGCUUAUAAUAAGAGGAAUAUAAAUAUACGUAAUGUAAUUGUUGAAUAAUUAUACAAUAAGAAUAUUUAUAGAAUAUUAGUCCAUUAAUAGUCCUCGGGAGUUACCUGUAAUUUAAUCUCCACUCGGAUAUAACAGUCAUUUGAUCCAUAUUAGUAUAAGUUGUAUAUUUGUGAAGAUGUAUAGGUUUAUUUCACUGUCAUAAAUUCAACUGAUAGAAAUUGAUAGUAAGAGAGUUCAAGUAGAGGUCAAAGGUUUUUCAUUAAUUGCUUUCAACUGUUUAAACUUGAAUUUACUUAGACAUUUCUUUUAAUCUGCUACAUUAGUUCUGGCUAGAAUUAAUUAGUAACCAAUGUCAAGUUUACAACUUAUUAAAUUUGUAGUGAACGAGAAUACAAGUGUGGACAAUCGAAUUUAUUUGAAUACAAAAUUACAGAACAUCUUAGUAAAAUCUGAGAACCAUACAGUAAAUACUUCAUUUCCAAAUGUCAAUCAAUCCUCUCAGACUUCACUGUCCCUUCAUUUCUACAGUAGUCAUUCUCUGUUCUCGUUUUCUUUUCUUUGAUCUUCUUAACCUUCUGCUAACAUGUAUUUGACUUUCGACUGAUGAUACAUACUACUUAUAUCUGUCGACAUCAGUAGCACACACGACAAAUUCACUUCUUUAAUUCACUAGCAAUAUCUCUGAAAAUAUCACUAGAUGGAUGGGGUUUGGAAAUAGUUUAAAAAUACUCUGCCAACUUCUUUUUAUCAUCUAACAAUAAAAUAAAAACUAGACUAUGCAUUGAAUUUAUUUAUUUCUGUAAAAACAUAAACAUUGAUACAAGGAGGCACCAAAUAUACAUAUGCCACAUAAAUCAUUCGAUUUGUGUGAGGUUCGGGUGCGCAGACUGAAGCUGAUGGUUUUCUUAGAGGAGUCACUCCCCUAACCUUUGACCUAAUAGUCCGAUCCACAAGGCAGUAAAGCAACAUAAGGAGGUUCAGUUACAUGGUAGCUGGUGAUCAACAGUACGUUCAUUUGCCAUCUGUUUCCUUAGGAUACUGGAGCGCCAUGUAUAUCAUUGGUUUGGAAUCAGGGUUUUCCAACUCCCCCAAGUUGAUCCUUCAUAUCCACCAACCCAGUUAAAGCGUCGAACAUUCGCUUUUCGUCCUCACAAUUUCAUAAACAACACCCCAGCAGCAAAACGUCAGUGAGUAGGACUUUCCUGGCAAUGGUUGCAUGCACGUGGCCAUGUGAGAGCAUCUGUACAGAAAUAUCUGACACUUCUCACUCUCGGCCGUACCAGGGCGUUAAAUGGUUUGAGAAUAUGCAUUGAAUAUUUAAAUUUUAUUCAUUGUUCAAUUUAUUUCGAAUAAUUAAUUAAGUUUAAUAUCUCAUUAUUUAUAAAGAGAAUGUGUUUUGAAUGAGUAAAAAUUACAUAUCUACAUAGACAUCUUUAAAUCUAUAUCAAAAUUAACAAUCUAUUUAACAUAUAUAAAACGUGGAAACGAUCCAGCAUUCAUAUAAAAGAAGAAGAAGAAGAAAACGACGACGAUUAGAUCAGAUAAAGUGACAUUAUCAUAAAUCAGAACAAGAUGAAGUCUAUCUAUUCAAAUCUAUCUAUUCAUAUUUAUUUCAAUUUUGUUUAUGUAUGUUUGUAUAUAUAUAAGUAGUCUGUUACAGGAACAUUUGAAACUUCAGUUACCAUUUAUAGAUCUGAAUAAAUUUAAAUUGGACAUAUUAUGUUAAUGUUUUAUUUAAACAAACACAAUUCAAUCAUUUAUCUCUAUGAUCAAAAUUUAAAGAUAUGGGGAUAUGAAUUUUUUUAUUUUGUGUAUAAUUAAUUACAAAUAAGUGUGUUAUACAAUAUGACCAUUAUCUCUUUGUCUCUAUGUAUUUGUGAUUACAUUAGAAUAUGUGGGCACACACACACAUACAUAUAUAUAUGCAAACAAACAUACACGCACAUACACACACACACGUAGACAUCAUCUUUUAUCUCUGAUGUGUGUCCAAAAAAAAAAGAUUUUUGGGAAAAGCCCCUUUUUGUUACGAAUAUUGAAAAUUGAAUUAUUUAGCUAAAGGCAAACUAUCAAUUGUCUGCUUUUUGAUGUUUCAAUAUUCAAUUAGACAUUUUUUUUUGAAUAUAAAAAAAGAACCUGUUUAUUUGUAUUGAAUGUGUCUGACAAUAUUUUGACAAUUAGAGUAGAUGAUAGAAAAGUUUUGUUUUCUUGAGAUGAAAAAUAAUCCAUAAACGACAAUAAUAGUUUUGUACUUUUAAGUCAGAAUUUCAUAUAGAACUGAUAUCCAGCAAGAUUACGUACAAGAUAAAUAUGUCAUCAUUGUUAGAAUGGGAGGUUUGUGGAGAUUGUAGUAACUUAGUAGUGGAAUUCAUGAGUGGACUUAAGCUAGACUACCACAGAAAACCUAGAAGUAAAGGAUUACCGUUUUGUUCUAGUAUGAGACUUCUCAAAAGUGUGUAUCCACGAUCCCGCACAUGAGACUCGAACCCAGGGCUUUCGGUCUCACGAUACAGUCUCCACAAACCCUCAUGCUGAUAAUAAUCAUCAAGUGCUCACUAGUGACUGCCUUCAAGAUGUAUUUCCUAUAGUUCUAGUGAGAAGCCGUGACAGUUGUGAGGCAAUUACUCACUGAAGACAAUGGUGGACGACCGCGCAAUAUGAUAGGUGUGAUGAAGUUAGACACUAACAUUAUUAGAUGCCGGAUUAGUGAUUUAGGGGUUAAGCGUUCGUGCGCGAGACCGGUAGGUCCCGGGUUCGAGUUUCGUAUGUGCAGUCGUGGGUACGCACUGUUAAGAAGUUCCAUAUUAGGAUGAGACGGCCGUCCCGUGCUUCCAGGUUUUCAAUCAUGGUCUAGCUUAAAUCGACUCAUGAAUUCAACUAUAAAAUAUGUUAUGAUUAGAAAUUAAAAUUGUCUCUAAGGAUUAAGUAUUCCGUCAAACUAAAUGAUGAAGACUUUCAUUAUGAAUAUCUAGUAAAAAUCAAUGCAGAGCCUGUCAUAGAUGUACAUCGAUCCAUUCUGCUACAUUUCACAUCAACUCACUGAGCGAGAAAAAUAAUAAGAUGAGAAGCAAAGGAAAUGAAUAGAACCUAAAUAUAAGAAAUGCAGAGAGAGCGAGAGUAAAUGGGGAUAUUCCACUGCGAUCGACAUCGCCUUGUCAUUCAAUAUCUUUGAUUAUCGAUUAGUCGUGUUCAGUGAGAUUAAACAACGUAGUAUGAACCAAAAGACAUGAACUGCACCAGAAUUUAAUGAAAUUACGAAUCGAUGUAUAUUCAUUAUCAUUAAAUCAUUCAGCAUGUCUUCUGAUGAGCAUAUAAAAUGACCUACAUUCCAUUGCAAAUGCUAAACAACAAAGAAUCUCUUAGUAACAAGAUAUUCCUUAUGAGAUCAAGUUUAACUCUGAGAGAAAUCAUUAUUUUGUUGAACACUAACCGAACUGCACCGUCGUUACUAUAGUUACAUUAAUGACAGACGCAAUUAACAUAUAUGCAUUAAAGUAGUAUUAGAAAUACUUGGAGCUGUACUCAAUGAGAUUUUAGUUUGAAAAUAUAAAUGAAGUCCUGAAGGCUAAGUAAAACGAUAGUGUCUAAUAUUUUUCAUACUUAUUACUAAACAGAAAUGAUAGAGAAUAUUCAUAGCUCAGAAUGAAGAUGGUGAAGGCGUUGUAAUCUCUGAACUGAAUGUACAAUCUCAAAUUACAAUUUAUAAGAAAUAAAUCAAUAUCCAUUAGGUUGAAAUGUUAUUACAGUAAAUUAUUCAAUGUAACCAUUGUUCAUUGAACUUCAAUACAUUUUUAUGAAUGACAAAUAGUCAGUUUACAUAUCUUAAUUAAUUCCAGG